GAGAUACCGUGAAGUGAUCCUGACUGAAUUAGCUAUAGUUUAUCAGUUAAUUUUCUUUUAGUUUUUAAAAUCCAUGUUCAGUGUUUUUGAGAUGCAAAAUCCCAUUUGAUGAUUAAAGUUUUUGUGCAGAAUACUUUAACUAGGUAUGUGCUAAAGGAUUAUUAUCUGCAGUAAAGAAAAUUAUCACCAUGAAGAGUUGGUUGGAAGCCAGUGGCAUGGACGACGGGUCCAUGUCCUGUUUGCUCUCAGAACCACGGGAAGCAUUGCUUCCCAUCACGGGAAGAGAGAACUUGGCUCCGAGAAAAAGGGACAGAACAUUGGAGCCGUGUGCACUUUCGGAGGAAGCUUACCUAUCAAGCAGUGCUGGCUCCCCUUGCGCUGGUCUCUCGAGAGAAGAACGUCGCAGACGACGCCGAGCUACCUUAAAGUAUAGAACUGCCCACGCCACAAGAGAAAGAAUCCGCGUCGAAGCUUUCAAUGCAGCAUUUGGCGCCCUGAGAAGAUUACUGCCUACCUUACCACCAGACAAAAAACUGUCAAAAAUCGAAAUUCUCAGACUCGCUAUAUGUUAUAUCGCUUAUCUCAAUCACGUGUUGGAUGCGUAAGUCAUAAAACUGAUAGGGAAACCUAAUCAGUUAAUGUGUUAGAUAUCAUUAAUUUAUUAGUCCCGGCUGCAAUUGUGCCGGACAAAAGGCUAGGUCUGGACUAGUAACAUUACUGAUGAAGAGUGGUUGUAACAUUUAAUGUGCGAACCUCCUUCUAAGAGGUGCGAUGAUGAUGUUGUUGAUUAUAAGUGUCGCUCUAUUAUAGUAUAUGUGUACCAACUAAGACUCUCUAAAUAUAUAGUCUCGCAAUAAAACGUAUUUCUCAAUCUUUCUUCUUAUUAUUAUUUUACAUAGUUUGCAUGUUAUAUCGUGUGUAUGUUAUAUGUAUUGUAUGUACCUCUAUGUUAUAUCGUUGAACAAAUUCUAGUCAUAAUUGUCUAUUCAGUGUGUUUGUGUAAAUAUCAGUCGGUAAAAUAAAAAACUUAAUAAAAA